UCGCUCGGCGCCCGCUCGGCGCCCGCCUGGCGGCAGCCCGCGCUUCGCCAUGGCGUCGCCGGCCAAGCGCCCGCGGACAAACUCGGCGCCCCAAGCGGCGCUGGAGGCGGUGGCGGCGCAGUUUGGCCUCACGGCGGCGGCGGCGGCGGUGAGCGAUGGGGCGGAUGCGGGCGUCGGUGAGGCGACGCCCGGCUCCCACUUCGAGCUGGCCUCGCUGAGCAAGAUGAUCGGCACCUGCUUUGCCCUCGAGUAUUUCGCCAAGCACCGCGUGAGCGUCCAGACUCCGGUGAACCACCUGCUCGCGGACCUAGGGUCCUACCGCGUGCCGGUGGCCGAGGGUUUGCCCAAAGAGUGGGCAGAGCGCCUGAGCCUGGAGCACCUCAUGUCGCACCAGGGCCUCAAUAUGCACUACGUCAGGGGAGUGCCGCUGGAAGAGCCCUGGCCAGGCAUCGAGGCGUACGUGCACGGGAACUCCCAGCACAACCCUGGGCGGGUGGAGAUCAUUUUUGAGCCGGGCAGUCGCUUCAAGUACAGCGGCGGGGGCUUCAUUCUCCUACAGUACAUUCUGGAGCUCCACUCUGGACAGAGCAUUGACGCGCUGCUUAGGCCCUUCCUGGACGAGCUGGGUCUGGCGAACAUCACCUUCGACGUUGUGGACGCGCACCACUCGCAUCGCCUCUACGUGCCGGGCGUGCAGGACGGGCGCCCGGUGCGGAAGCGCUUCCCGCCGCUGGCAGCGGGAGCCUUCGGCAGCUUGCGGGACAUGCAGCGCUUCCAGGAGUGCCUGGCGGAAGCGUUUCAGCUUGAGGGCUACAGAAAGAUCUCCCACGCCACGGCGCGGCGCAUGCUCUACGGCCGGGACCUGGACUUUGAGUUCAUGGGCUGCAAGAUUGGCGUGGGUGCCUUUGUGCUCGAGGGCCACCUGAAUCGAUUUAUGCUGCACCAGGGCGCCAACGACGGGUACCGCCUGCUGUGCCUCCACUGCUUCCAGGGCCCGGACCGCGGCAAGGGCUUCGUCCUGGCGGCGGCCGGAGAGGCGCGCCGUCGGCGCGGAGCCGCGGAGUCCGUAGGCUCCAAAUGGAGUGGCUCGGCGCAGGUGGGCUAA